UAAUUUUGUUUCAAUCCAAUGUUUUAAGCUAAAAGUGGAAAAAUUCCUGCUUCAUACUAGUAACACCAAGUUGCAGUAAUGCUUGGAAGGAUUUCUGUCUCGUUCAGACAUAAUUCAGUUUCCCUCGGCUGUUCUUUUUUUCUCUGUCUCGAAACAUUUCAACUAACACGUCUUUUUUUUUUCUUUGUUUCCCUAAAUUCCGCAAUCUAAGCCAAUACAGCUAAACGCACAAGCAUGGCAUAAGCCUCAAACUUUUGCUUUUAGCUCUUUUUUGACUUUGGGUUUUGUUGUUUGAUCAAUCAACAUGUAGUUGUUGAAGAUAAACAAGUAGAUUGAAAGAGAGAAAGAGUGAAAAAUUCCUUCGUUUUUCCAAUUAAAAUAUGAGCGUUUCUUUGACUGUAAUGACUUUCAACCUGCACGAAGAUGAAUCAGAAGAUAGCCCAAAUUCGUGGGAGAAAAGGAGGGAUUUGUGCAUAAGCGUCAUCACUAGUUACUCCCCUAUUAUUCUUUGUACUCAACAAGGCGUUAAAUCUCAACUGGAUUAUCUUCAGCAGGGUUUGCCAGGUUAUGAUCAGUUUGGAAUAUCGAGAAAAGGGCCUCAGGAUACUUCGGAUGAAUGUUGUACAAUAUUCUAUGAUAAGGAGAAGGUAGAACUGAUUGAAGGUGGAACAUUUUGGUUGUCCGAGUCACCUUCUGUCCCUGGGAGUACAUCAUGGGGUUCUGUAGUUCCGUGUAUUGCAACUUGGGACACGUUCCAACUUAAGGGAGUUGAACCUCCGGGAUUCUCAUUCCAAGUAGUAAAUACUAGCAUGGAUGAGUUCAGUCCUCGUGCUCGUAGACGAAGUGCUUUACUUACAUGGCAACAUAUUGCAUCCUUACCACCUAGCUUACCUGUUGUGUACUGCGGAGGAUUUAACACACAGAAGGAAUCAACGACAGGGCGUUUUCUUCUCGGGAGAUCAAGAGAGCAUGGUGUGGUGGGAGACAUGAGGGACGUGUGGCCUAAUGCUCGGGUGAGGAAAAAUGUGUCCCUCAUACGCACUUAUCACGGCUUCAAAGGUGACAAACAGGGCGCUCUUGAAUUCCUUAAGUUGGUAUUUCGAGCACUGUGCCUCUGUUGGGACCGACAAACUCAGGAUUUACACAUAGACUGGAUUCUUUUCCGGGGACGAUCUCUGAUACCGGUUUUAUGUCAAGUGGUCAAUGAUAACAUGGAUGGUUAUUACCCAUCUUCACACUAUCCUAUAUUUGCCGAGUUUCUUCUUCCACGUACUGUGAGAUUGAUGGAACCACCUACAAAAAACAGGUCUGUGGCGACCGUGAAUUAUCCAUUGCUCGACAAGUAAUUUUUUUCAGUUGUAACAAUGUCUUCUCAUUUCUCAUGGCCGGAAAGGUAGAGGGAAAAAAGGUGAAGAAGGCAAUUCAAAAUUGGUUCCAAUUUGUCUGUUUUCGGGUCAAUCACUUGGUCCAGGCAACGGAUCGAGGGGGAAUAUGUCGAAAAAGAAGGGGGAAAUCUGCAAAUAUUCAACUCUUUUGAACCUUUGAUUGUUACAUUCUUUUGGUUAUGGAAAUGAGGUGUUGUUAUUUAACAAACAA